UAUUACCAUGGAUUUGCUUUGGGCCGAUCCAGACCCGCGAAUCAAAGGGUGGCAAACAAGUCCAAGAGGUUGCAGUUAUCUGUUUGGCGACGACGUCAUUCUUCAAUUGACCGCUUUGCUAGAUAUCGAUAUGGUCGUUCGUGCUCACCAAGUCGUUCAGGAUGGGUACGAGAUCAAUGGAACUCAAAAAUUAGUCACAAUCUUCUCAGCUCCAAACUAUGCUGGACAAUUCGACAAUGCUGGAGCGGUAAUGAUGGUCGAGGCUUCUUUGCGGUGCAUGUUUUUCCAGUUUCCACCAACGAAAAAAGUUACACCACCUCCAGUGGCUCCUCCACCAAAUGCAACACCGCUAAAGCCGCAGAAUGGUUCAAAACCCUCCCCGGAAAAAGAAUUAAAGGCUAAGGAAGAAAAACCAACCUCUCCAGAGAAGUCGACCUCGCCUAAGAAAGAUGAGAAACCCUCGCCUGAUAAGUCUGCUAGUCCUGAAAAGCCAAAAGAUGAGGCGAAAGAGAAAACAGCUUCUGAUGUGUCGACACAGGAUUCUGUUGGGAAAACUCAGUCUACUUCGGAAAAAUUGGCUGCAAACACUUCGACUGCAUCAAAUUCGAGCGGAUCGGAUUCAUCGGUGACGAAAAAGAAGGAAAAGAAAGAUAAGAAGUGA